AUGCCAACCGAUCAGCAUGUCAGCGCGGCCCUGUCGCUCAUCGAGAACGACAAAACUAAGAUCCUGGGCCUGAACGUCGGCCCCCACAAGAACGUCCAGCCGGGAGACUACAUUCCUCGCGCAGGCACGAUCACUGUCACAUAUGCUCAGACUCCUCCCGAGCUCACAUUCCAGGGCUUGGAUGCCUCUAAGACCUACCUGGUUGUCAGUCUGGAUAUCGAUGCUCCCUUCCCUUCCUGGGGAGUCCUGGGACCCAUCCUCCACUGGAUCCAGCCUGGCGUGAAGAUCACUGAGACUUCCACUCUCGACACCAGUGCCCCGUUCAUCGCCAACUAUAUCGGCCCUGCUCCUCCUCCUGGCAGCUCGCCUCACCGCUACAUCUUCUUCCUGUACGAGGAGCCCGCUGGCUUCGAGCCCAAGAAGUAUGCUCCUGCCAAUGGCCAGACCCUAAGCAACUGGAAUCGCAUGCGCUACGACCUUGAUUCCUGGGCCAAGGAGAUCGGCCUGGGCUCUGUGCUGGCUUUCAACUACUUCAACAGCAACUAG